CCCCAGCCCCCAUUGUGCCUUCCUCUCUCCACCCCACCUCUUAUACAUACAUUUUUACGUAUCUAUAUAUAUAGAGAGAGAGAGAGCGCUCUGUGUUUCUUCGUUCUAUUUCACGCAGAACACGCACUGCUACAACCAUUGUUUUCCAAAAAAAAAAAACCCUCGUUUAAAGAAAAAUAAAAAUAAAAAAAAGAAGAGAAAAGGAGAGAUUUGUGGUGUAUUGGGGGUGGCCGCAGGAGAAGAUGGGGAGGAAGGGUGUGAGUUUGGUUGGGCUGUGGAUUCUGAGUGUUGCGGUGGUGGUGUGUGAAGGGGCAGGGUCGAAGAGGAACGCCUACGCUACGAUGAUGUACAUGGGAACUCCCAGGGACUACGAGUUCUACGUCGCCACACGUGUCAUGCUCAGGUCCCUCCGAGACCUUAAGGUUGACGCUGAUCUUGUCGUCAUUGCCUCCAUCGAUGUCCCCCUCCAUUGGAUACAAGCUCUUGAGCAAGAAGACGGGGCGAAGGUCAUGAGAGUCAAAAACGUAAACAAUCCGUAUAGAAGCCAAUCAGGGUUUGAUUGGAGAUUUAAGCUAACGUUGAACAAACUCUAUGCAUGGAAGCUCGUGGACUACGAGCGUGUGGUCAUGCUUGAUGCCGACAACCUCUUCCUCCACAAGACCGACGAGCUCUUCCAAUGUGGCCAGUUUUGUGCUGUCUUCAUCAAUCCCUGCAUCUUCCAUACUGGCCUUUUUGUGUUGCAGCCGUCAUUGGAGGUGUUCGAUGAUAUGAUGCAUGAACUGGAGAUUGGGAGAAGUAAUCCUGACGGGGCAGAUCAGGGAUUUAUUGGGAGUUAUUUCCCGGAUUUACUUGACCGGCCGAUGUUUCAUCCUCCUCCAAACGGCACAAAGCUUGAUGGAAGCUAUAGACUUCCUCUUGGCUACCAAAUGGAUGCUUCUUACUAUUAUCUCAGGCUUCGUUGGAGUGUACCUUGUGGGCCUAAUAAGGUCAUCACAUUCCCUGGCGCUCCGUGGUUAAAACCGUGGUAUUGGUGGUCGUGGCCCGUCCUCCCGUUAGGCAUCCAAUGGCAUAAACAAAGGCUUCAAACUUUGGGGUACGGAGCAGAAAUGCCAAUUGUAUUGAUUCAAGCUAUAUUCUACAUAGGAAUAAUGGCUGUGGCGCGUCUAGCACGUCCCAAUCUAUCCAAACUAUGCUAUCGUCGAGAAGAAAAGAGCAUCUUUUGCAUACAAACUGGCUUCAAAUUGAUAGCCAUAUGGUCCAUUCUUGCUGCCUAUGUAGUCCCCUUCUUCCUCAUUCCCCACACAGUUCAUCCGCUGAUAGGCUGGAGUCUUUAUUUGCUCGGGGCUUUUUCGCUUUCCUGCAUUGCGGUUAACGCCUUCCUUCUACCGAUGCUGCCUGUUUUAGUGCCAUGGGCCGGGAUCUUGGGGACCCUAUUGGUGAUGGCCUACCCUUGGUACCCUGACGGCGUUGUGAGGGCCCUUUCUGUGUUUGGAUAUGCGUUUUGCUGCUCACCGUUUCUCUGGGUGUCGUUUGUUAAGAUCAUGUCGUCCCUUCACGUUUCCCUCGAAAGGGAAGCAUUCUUGCCUAGAUUAGGGGAGAAUGCAUCGCCCUCCGGUUUCAACAAGUUGUACUGAAAACGGAAGCUUGAUUCGUUGCUAGGCAAAGAGGAAAGUUGAUCGGUGGAAUGUCGUCGUCGUGCGGGCUGCGUGGAUACGGUAUCGCCGUGGAUGUGAGAGAGAUAGAGAUUGUUGUUUUGAUCAGCCCCAUUUUUGGCUUCUUGAACCAGCUCUUGGUGCAGCUCUUUGUACACAAAUGAAGAAUUGAUCAAGUCAUCACUGACUGAUUGAUUCUCUUCUGUAAAAUUCUUUAAAAGGAAGAACAAAACAAUCCCUUUCUGCUCACAUAUAUAAGCCCCUUUGUGCACUCAGUGCUGCGUAAUUGUUACUAUGGUUUCAGAAACAAUCAUAUUGGUAAAGAAUGAGGUCUUUGGCUACAUUUA